AUGCAGAACGGGCGUUCGUGCGGUCACUGUCACGUGAUACAGGGUCACGUGUCUAAAUGUCACACGACCACCAAAAUCAGGGAUCACGUGCCCACGCGCUGUAUCACCGGGGACGGGUACUCCGUGUCGCGCGACGGGGCACGUGCGCGCCCUUUUCUCGCGUCCGGUCCCGGCAACUGUGGCUGCGCCCCGGCGCCCGUCACGUGUGAAAGACUCACCCGCGCUACGUCUUUUUUUUUCACAAUACUCAUAAGCGUCUGGGGCCUGGCUCUGCAGACGCUACAAAGCACAUCGGACCGACUUCACUGUUCCAGUGCCCUCUGCCGCUGCUCUCCCCCGACCGCGAGUCUCCUCUGUUCGCGCGUGCUACCCAUGAGCUUCGAUAAAAACGACGGCCUGCACAACCUCUUCGGCGAGGACAGCGACGCCUUCAAGGCCUCCGAUGGCCCGCUCAACUUCCACUCCAACGACGCGAACGUGACGCCCAACAUCCUGCUCGAGCAGCUCGCCUACGUCGACAACUUCAUGCCCGACUUCGAGAACGACAUGGCCUCGUUUGGCGCGCCCGCGCACGGCGAGGCCCACGCCGGUGGACUGGGGCUCGACGACCGACUGGCUGCGGAGCUCAGCGCGUUCGCGGACGAGACUUUCAUAUUCCCAGACGAGGAAAAGCCCGACAACCCCAAUGGCUCGCAGGACUCGCGCCAGGGCAGCAGCGCCGACACGCUCGCACCCGGCCUGCCCGGGUCCGCGUCCACGGCCGCCUCUCCCUCUGCGUCUGCGUCUGCAACGCACCCUGUUGCGAACCGUAGUUCGCGGUUUCUGUCACAGCGCAGGAACAACUUCCUUGCGUCCCAGCACGACAACUCGCGGCAGCGAUUUUCGUCUAGGCGGGCCUUUGACAUCGCAAACAGAUCGCCCUCCGACGACCAUGGAGGCUUCACCAACGUCGACAUCACCGACGGGCCGGCCCAGCCAUUCGCGCAGCCGGGAGCUCCCUAUUCGAACUCUCCGCUAAGCAACCUCGUGUCAGACUCGAAUUCGCAGACCGCGGAGCUCUUCACCAACAGCUCUGCUACGCCACUGCUGACCCCGCAAGACCCUUUACGCCGGCAGUCGCAAGCGCCGCCCUUCCAAAAUUCUUAUUCGGAGAUCCACAUGCCCGACUACUCUUCGAUACCGACGCGCACUUUGCUUGCGCUGUUGCCAAAAGUGAAGGUGCCGUCGGGCGCGUGGAACUCGCUGCGCGCAGUUGGCUUCGACCAGGAUCAGAUUGACGCGAUCGCUGCGAUCAUCGCUCACCACCAAAUGCACAAGAAUAGCAACCCGAGCAUCUCCAACUCCGCAUCCCAAGUCGUGUCUCAGAGUGUGCCUCCUGUGACGGAUGAGAACGCAGCUAGUUUUCUGCUACAGUUUCUCUCUCACGACAACCAACAACCGCAACAGCGCCAACAACGCCAGCAGCAGCAACACCAGCCACAGCAGCAACACCAAACACAAAAUCACCAGCAGCCGCUGCCGCGUAACGAAGGGAUUUUAAGUAGCCACCAGGCUCCCAUGAGGAAUGCUGAAGCGAGCAUUACUCCAAGGUCCAUCGAACACGAGAAGGCCACAGAAAGCUUCUUUAACACUUUUUUCAACGCGGACAGCGUCAGGCCUGACGUUCAAUCAUCUGCUUCAGAAUCGCGGCCUCGAUUAAGUAGCAGUGCCAGCCGAUCAGACCGUUCUGUUCCAUCAGACAAAGAAGCAUCUAAGUCGGAUUACGAAAAGACCACCUCCAGAAAGCCUAGCGUUGAUCGCCGGGAAAUGGACUUUGCAUCUUCUCUGCAUGCCGCUGAUGAAAAGCGGCCUACUGGCUCGAAAACGCAACAUCCAAAGCGGAAGAUGAAGGAGCAGGAAAUGGAAGGUUCCAUUCAAGAACUCAGUGAGCUGGCUUUGGGGUUACAGCACCGGAUUCACACGCUGGAAAUGGAAAACAGGCUGUUAAAAAACCUUGUUAUGGAGCGUGGUGAAUUGAAGGGCGUCGAGCAAGCGGAAUCUGUACGGCGAGAACUAAUGAAGAAAAUCAAAGAUGACAAGAAGGAGGAAAACAAAAUGUCGGACAACUUCGUGGAGAAGUCUGAAUUUUAA